AUGGAAGCCUUCAGGUCUCAAAAUAAACUGCUCCAGAGGGAGAAACCAGAUGUGGGGCCAGUUUCUGUCACUAUUCCAGCCUCCCCCUUCAUGCAGAAGCUUGGAUACGGCACUGGGGUCAACGUCUACCUGAUGAAAAGAUCUCCCAGAGGCUUGUCUCACUCCCCAUGGGCUGUGAAGAAAAUCAAUUCCAAAUGCAACAGCAGCCAGCAAAGCAUCUAUCAGCAGAGACUGAAGGAUGAAGCCAAGAUCUUAGAGAACCUCCAGCACCCCAACAUUGUGGGUUACCGCGCUUUCACCGAGGCCAACGAUGGAAGCAUGUGCCUGGCCAUGGAGUAUGGAGGAGAAAAAUCACUCUGUGACUUAAUUGAAGAAAGAAGUGCAAAACGGUUGGGCCCUUUCCCUGCUGCCACUAUCUUUAAAGUCGCUUUGAGCAUGGCGAGGGGGCUGAAGUAUCUGCACAACGAUAAGAAGCUGCUCCAUGGAGAUAUCAAGUCUUCCAAUGUGGUCAUUAAAGGUGACUUUGAAGCCAUCAAGAUCUGUGAUGUGGGAGUGUCCCUGCCCCUGGAUGAGAACAUGACUGUAAGUGACCCUAACAUGUACUACAUUGGCACUGAGCCCUGGAAGCCCAAGGAAGCUCUGCAGGACGAUGGCAUCAUCACCGACAAGGCUGACAUCUUCCCUUUUGGGCUGACUCUCUGGGAAAUGAUGACCCUCUCUGUGCCCCACCUCAAUCUGGGCGAUGAGCCUGAUGAUGAAGAUGAAUCUUUCAACGAAGACUCCUUUGAUGAGGAAGCAUACUACAACGCCUUGGGAACACGCCCAGCCCUCAACAUAGAUGAGCUGGACUCAUCCUACCAGCACAUGAUCGAUCUCUUCUCUGUCUGCACCAGUGAGGACCCCAAGAAGCGUCCCUCAGCCGCAUGCAUCGUGGAAGUCCUGGAGGCGAGUCUGGCCUAGGGGUAAAAGCAUCUGAGCUCCUAGUGCUCAGGGAUUAAGUUAGAAGAAAGAGUAAGUGUACUCCUGCAGUGUUUAUCCUUCGAGUAUGUGAAAACUGUUCUAUGUACUUAAACACAGAGCUUAAGCUCUUUAAAUGCUAACCCCUGUUUUAAGGAUGUCCUAGGCAACUGGGGCUCGCCCUGCUCUUAGAGCAAUCCCCUCCCACAUACAGUCAGGUCCCAAGUAAGCUAGAUGCUCUGUGCAACAGUUUUCCUUUAAUUGUUGUAUUACAGAUGUUUUCAAACCCUUCCCCCCAUCUAUGUUGAAUUAACAGUUCUGUGACUAAGAUGUUAAUAAUAAAUGUAUUUUAGUUUA